GAGACUGUCGUCGCCAAAAUGGCGGACGGCAGAGAUGGGCUGAGCUUUCUACCGAAUGUUAAAGCCAGCACUUGCAAACAAGGAAAGAAGACUAAACGAGUAGCAUUCAAGAAUCUCCAAAGACCUUUAGUACUCCCUAGCUUGGAACUCAGCACUGUUGACUUGCAAUCAGUGAGUAGCUUGUUCUCUCACAAGCAAAUAUGUAAAAAAGUGUGCGAGUGGUUUACAGACUGGAGGUCGUGGCAACAACGGAUCUUAUUAUGCGGCGUCUCUGAGAAGUGCACGAAAAGUCAAUUACAGGCUUUUGUGACGAUGCUUGAGCCAGUAUUUCACAGGGAUUUUACUGCUAGGCUUAAAGGAAUUUAUCCAACAACUCGUAUCAGGGCGCGACUGGUUCACACAGCCACUGUUUGUUAUCGAUGGAGAUUCUUAACCAAUGAGAGUAGACUUUGGAAAGCUAAAAUUGCUUCACUGGGGGCCUCUGAAGGAAUUGAAAACUUAACAGAAAAGAUUGAAGUCCUUGGUCAUGGUCAGGCUGUUGAUUGGAAACAAGCUUAUAGAGAAGUAAAAAAUUACUACAAAGAUUUGGCCAUGGUGAAACUAGAGAAGGAAGAAGAGAAAGCCACAGAGUUGAAAGAGAAAUUAGAAGCUGCAAGAUGCGAGGAAAUGAAGAAGCAAUCAAAAGUAACAGUAACUGAAUUGCCACCAAAGCCCAUCAUCAAAGAUGAACCAAAGGCUGUAUACAGUAACGUUGCUGAAAUUAUGAUAGCUCAAGUGAUGGAGAACGUCGGACCCGCUCAGUCUGCCCCGACCGCUGAUCAAAAGGAACAUGGUGACGAGUUCACAGCAGCAGACUUUGAUGGAAAUGAUCUUACAGGUGGGAACCUAAAGCUCCUGACACGCAGUUUGAAGGCACUGGCUGAUGGCGGAGAUAAACCUGAAGAUUUAGAUGUUGCAUUGGAUGUACGGCCUACCCUUGUGCAGGCAUCAAACUUGUUGGCAACAUCAGAAGGUGAUGGAGAAAGAGGCAGGCAAAAGUUUCGUUAUCUCUCACUUGCUGUUCAAGGUGUUUUUUCUGUUCGAAGGGUGCGGAGAUUGCAGGGACACAUGGAUGCCAUAUUCUGCUUACAGUUCGAUAAAAGAAGGAUUAUUACCGGCUCUGCUGACCGCACAAUACGUAUGUGGGAUGUGAGGAGUGGGCGAAGUAUUCACAAGCUAAAAGGCCACAAGGGUGGAGUGCGGUGUCUUCAGUUUGACGAUGAGAAAAUCGUCAGUGGCUCGUGGGAUAUGACUAUCAUGGUUUGGCACAUUGUUAAGUUCCACAGAUUAAAAGUUCUUUAUGGGCAUUCUGGAUGCGUUUCAUGUUUGCAGUUUAAAGGAAAAAUCCUAGUGAGUGGGUCACAUGACCGUACCCUCCGCAUUUGGGACACAGACACGUGGGAAUGUGAAUCUGAAAUUGAAGGACAUGAAGGUGCUGUUACGUGUCUCCAGCUAAACGGAGACUACCUUGUCAGUGGUUCUAUUGAUAGGACGUUAAAAUUGUGGGAUAUAAAGACAAGAGCGUGUCUUCAUACAUUUGAGGGACACAAAGACGCUGUACUGGCCGUCACGGUACUCGGUAACCUAAUAAUCAGUGGGUCCGCGGACGGCAUGAUUAUGUUCUGGAACCUGGAAACGGGAUUCUGCGAAGCUGCUAUCCAAGGUCACGAGGGCCCAGUCCACUCUCUGGAUUACAAUGGUCAUCAACAUUUCUUCUCAUCAGGAGGGGAUAAUUUAUUGAAGGAGUGGGACCUAAGUACCUGUACGUGUCUACGAUCAUUACAGGGACACAAAGGGCCGGUGUUCUGUGUUAAGGCCGUCCCGCACAGGGUUGUCUCUUGCUCUGCCGACGGAUUUACGAGGAUCUGGGACCUAAAUAGUUUGCCCGAAGGAAAGGGUCUGAGUAAAGCAAUUGCUGUUCAAGAAAACGUUAUCACACCAACCAAAGUGGUAGAAAACUCUCUCGAGAAAUCUUUAAAAUAGAUUUAGGGGGUAGAUAAUGCUCAUUUUGACCCGAUCUUGCACCAAAAUUUUGCUUUUUAAGUAAUAUUGCUGCUGGUUUUUUGACACCUGUUUACGUCAAUGUUACUGAUUGUAAAGACAGUCGGGACACAAGCACUCUGCUUGGUUGCUAUGCAACCAUGUCCUUUACUAACAAGGAAACAAACAAACAGCAUAAUUAAUAAUUUUUUUCUUCGCUGAACUGUUUCAGACUAAUUGUACAUUAUGCGCUCAGCACACGGUUUUUCUUUUUUUUUUUUUAAAGAAAACACUGUUAUAAAUUAAGAACAUUCCAAAAUAUACGUGGAAUUUUUCCGUUUUUAACUGAAACAGAUGCUAAAAGAAUUUGCACCAAAAUGUAAGCCAGGAGAUAAAAUAAACAAUAUUGAUGCCUGGGGACGUUUACUCUGGAAUACAAACAGAUGAAGAAAUAAUUAAAAUUUUUAAAAUUUCAGAUGUUAAUAGCGAGAUGCUCUUUAUCAGGCAAUGAUUCUGGAGAAGGUGGAAAUAUGGAAAAUAUUUGUAUUUGUUUAGAUAUACUGUUGUCAUGUUAAUAAAAAUUAGAAUCUAUAAACAUUCGAGUGACUAAACAACAUAUCGAUUUUAACAUA